AUGGCCGCCAGAUGGAGUGGCGUAUUUCCUCUGGUAUCCCUCAGUGACAUCACGUAGUGCCUCUUCUUUUUGCUGAACGCAUUCAGAAGCUGAGAAAGAACCGGCACACUUCCAGCAUCUGCAAAAUUCUCUUGUCCACCGUCUACGCUUUCGUCCAGAUCAAGAAGACUCUCAUCGUCAACAACAUCCUCCAGUCGAUCCGUAGACCGGGAGACCAUGAGCAGAAGAUGCUCUUCAAGGAGUUUGCCGACAAUUACCUCACCACCGACGGAAAGCUCAUCCUGAACUUUGUCAAAGCCCAGAGCGAUCUCGUUGCCCAAGAGCUCGCCCUCGAGAUGUUCGACAACUUCGAGGUGAGCUCAGAUGACGAGGCAAGAGUACGAAACAGAGUCUAAUCGCUUCUUUUCCAGAAUGAACGCAAAGAGAAGAUGCUAGACGAUGCCACCUCCAUCAUUUCUGGAUCGAAAAUGGCCUCCAUUGAUAAGCUCCGCAACGUCUGA